GCUCAAGCCCCCGUUGCUGUUUCCUCUUCAUAGCCGCAAUUGCUAUUCCUCAACGAAGAGACAGCAGCCGCUACCAGCGCCAGUAUCCGCUUUCCACGUUCGUCCUUCCUUUUCAAACGCCGCCGUUUUGCCACCACUGCUAUAUAUAUAUAUACCCUAGCAUCGGUGCUUCGAGCCUCUCUUUUUUCUCAGCGUCACCGACGCAGCUUCCGGUUUAGAGAGAGCAUGGGAAGGGUUCAGGUUGGUGACAAGGCAGAAUUCUCGCGGAUGGAGAAUGGUGAUUUCAGUGACUCGGAGCUAAUUCAUCACUUCAGAGGCGUACUUGUUGCUGUUUCAGCGGGUGAUAGGGAGAAUUACGAUGAGCUCGUUGGUUAUUUGCACCCAAAAGGGAAUCUUAAUCCAGAUGAAGUUGCUAUACUUGUGACAACUUUGAAGGCACUUUCUGGAGCAGCGUCCUAUAUAGAUUCUGUUCAUCAUGAAGCCCUUCUUUUCGCUGUUUCCAGAAUGAGCUUGUGGAAUUAUGGAACUGAUGUUAUGGAUGCGCUGCUUGAACUCAUUAUUUCUUUGGCUGCUUCCAAUGGAAAAUACAUCGAUUGGUGUUUGGAGAUGCUUGUGAAACAUUUUGUGCCACCUUAUUACCUCUUAGAUUCUCUGAAACAGGAGAAUGGAAUUGACAGGAAAACUAAAGUUCUGUCUCGGGUGCAUGCAGCUUUGAAAGAGAUAGCUGAUUUGGUGCCCCUUGCACCCCUGCGAUUAUCUCCCAUUGUUGUCCAGAAAAUGCCGAGUGUUUUCAGCAAGGAACCUGAGAUUGUUAUGUAUGUUGAGAAUAUGUUAAAGCUGGAAAGUGGUGCAAUUGGAGAAAUUAUCGGUUCUACAAUGCUUCCGGCGCUUGUGGAUAGGUUGCUAGAUUUGGAUGUGGAAAUUGGAUGGGACGGAAUCUUGCAAGAAGAUGGCAAAUGCAUAUUUGAAAUGGAGUUAGAAGAUUUUACUGAAUUUGGAGAUGAUGAGAACUGUGAUAGUAUGCCUCCAUCAGAGUUGUUAAAUAGAAGAAAAUUGCAAGGCAAUUUGGUUGUUGAUAAAGUAGAUAGCCUUAUGGUGCUGACUUUUUUGCACCUUGAAUCUUGUCAAAGCAGUGGCCGUUUGGCUGAGGUAUUCGAUGUUCUACUGGGGUCAUUUCAGAAAACUGUAUUGAAUGCAUACAAGUCAAAAUUUACCCAGUUUGUGAUGUUCUAUGCAAGUGCACUGGAUCCUGAAGGAUGUGGUGUGAAAUUUGCUAUGGUUCUUACAGAUAUGUUUUGUCGUGAUGUUAAUCCCCCUAUUACUAGGAUGAGUGCUGUUGCUUAUCUUGCUAGUUAUCUGUCUCGAGCAAAGUUCCUUUCAGCUGCACUAGUCACCAACAUCUUACAAAGCUUGGUAAAUUGGUGUUAUGCCUAUUGCAAGUCGCAUAAUUUUGAUAUGAACCCACGAGCACAUCAAGUUUUUUAUUCUGGGUGCCAGGCCGUCAUGUAUAUUCUGUGUUUUCGCUUGAGAUCUUUGAUGGACAUUCCCAGGCUUAAAUUGCAGCUUCUUAAUAUGCCCAUGGAGGCAAUCUGGAAACAUAAAUUGAGCCCCUUGAAGGUGUGUUUGCCUACUGUGGUAGUGGAAUUUCUCCGACAGGCAAAGGCUGCUCAAUUUUUCAUGAUGUCAGAGACAUUUGUUUUCAAUGAUAUGCUUGAGUCUGAUUUUUCUAAAGCUUUUGGCGGGAUGGAUAGACUUGACAUGUUCUUUCCAUUUGAUCCAUGUCUAUUGAAGAAAAGCGAAAGCUACAUAAGGCCUCAUUUUGUUCGCUGGUCCAAAGUCAGAACUACAUACGAUGAUGAUGAUGACAAUGAAGUCAGUGAUAGUGGCAGUGAAGCUUCAGAUGAUGAUUUUGUUGACAGAAAUGCAAUGGAUAUGAUUGAUGAUGACAUGAUGGUGAGUGUUGAAGGUCUUGAUUUUACACCUGACUUGAACAAAAUGUCAAUCACGCCCAAAAAUUCGUUGAAAUAUGGGUUCGAGACGCGAUGUACGCGAAUGCCAGCAAGAAUCAGACCUUCUACUAGUCCAGAGUCACUGUGAUACAUAUCUGCUUCUGAUCUCGUUACAUUAUAGGAAACUUGUCGAUUUUUCACUAUUGAUUGGGAUUUAAUCCUAUACAAAGAGGGAGGCAAAGUCAGAUACGUAAUCUUCAUAUAGCAUCAUUUUUGCAUUCACCUGGUACUAUGUUGAAGUGAGUAGGAGCAGCCAACUUUAAGAUUCGUUUUCUGUUAUCUUGUAAUUAUAAUUUGUUUAGGAUACGUUACGUGAAAUUGUAUUAGUUGAGUUGGAGGACAAAAGAAGUCUGCGUAACGUCUAUGCUAUUAUUUUCAUUCGUAAACCUGGCCUCACCACAACAAAUGUUAGUGCUGUAUAGUAUUCUUAUUAUAUUCCUAUCUGCUUUGAAGCUCCUUGUGUUCCAGUGCAUCAAUGAGAUGCCUAUACCAUAAUGAAAGUCAAUGAAAUGCAAUAUUGAUAUAA